CAGCCACCGGCUCUAUGGCAGCAUGAGGAGUAAAUGGCUCAGAGUCUCCGCGCUGGAAAGCGACCUAAACAACACUGGUCUGUGGAUAAACUGAUAAACAAACAGCAGCGCGGUGCGUAAAAGCUCUCCACUGGCGCGCUGGGAAAAAACUGUGCCAAGAAGAAGCCAAGGAAGACUCCGACGUGUUUUUUUGUUUUUGUUGUUUUAUUUCUUUCUGCGUGUGUGUGAACAACGAGGAUAUCUUUAAUUGGACAUGUGAGUUCCGGGAGUUUAACAGAGACGAGCAGCCCUUUUUCUUUCCCCCCCCCUGAAGAUGAAGUUCCUCGUCACUUUGCUGGUGAUGGUGCUGAUGCUGGUGAUCCGAUCGAGUGCUGCACAGUCAGUUUGUCCCGGUACCGAGAACAAGCUGAGCACUCUGUCUGACCUGGACCAGCAGUACCGCACCCUGAAGAAGCUCUACGAGAACUGCGAGGUCGUCAUGGGCAAUUUGGAGAUUACCAGCAUCGAUCGGAACCGCAACCUCUCCUUCCUCAAGUCAAUCAGAGAAGUAACCGGCUACGUGUUGGUGGCUCUCAACCAGUUCGACUACCUGCCACUGGAGAACCUGCGGAUCAUCCGAGGCACCAAGCUGUACGAAGGUCGCUACUCUCUGGCCAUCUUCCUCAACUACAGGCGGGAUGGGUACUACGGCCUGAGGCAGCUGGGCCUGCGCAACCUCACAGAGAUACUGAACGGGGGUGUUUAUGUUGACCAGAACAAAUUCCUGUGCCAUGCGGACACCAUCCAUUGGCGUGACAUUAUCAAGAACCCCCAGGCGGAGCUGCUGGUGGUGCCAUCCAACAACAGCAACCUUGGAUGCAGACGCUGUCAUCGCUCAUGUAACGGACGCUGCUGGGGCCAUCAGGAAGACCAGUGUCAAACCUUGACAAAGACGGUGUGUGCAGAGCAGUGUGACGGUCGAUGCUUCGGGCCUUACGUCAGCGACUGCUGCCACCGCGAGUGCGCCGGCGGCUGCUCGGGCCCCAAGGACACGGACUGCUUCGCGUGCACCAAUUUCAACGACAGCGGAGCAUGCGUGACCCAGUGCCCUCAGCCGUUUGUGUACAACCCCACGUCCUUCCAGUUGGAGCACAACCCCCGAGCCAAGUACACCUACGGAGCCUUUUGCGUCAAGAAAUGCCCACAUAAUUUCGUGGUGGACCACAGCUCCUGUGUCAGAGCGUGUCCCAGCAACAAGAUGGAAGUGGAGGAGAACCGCAUCAAAAUGUGCAUCCCCUGCACCGACAUCUGUCCUAAAGUGUGUGAUGGCAUAGGGACGGGCAGCCUGCAGACAGCUCAAACAGUGGAUGCCAGCAAUAUUGAUAAAUUUGUCAACUGCACCAAAAUCAAUGGCAACCUCAUCUUCCUCAUUACAGGCAUUAAAGGGGACAUGUAUCAUGGGAUUGGACCUCUGGACCCCGAGCGUCUCAACGCGUUCCGCACUGUGAAGGAGAUCACAGGUUUCCUCAACAUCCAGUCUUGGCCGGAGAACAUGACAGAUCUGAGUGUUUUUUCGAGCCUGGCAACCAUUGGAGGUAGAUCUCUUUACAGUGGAAGUGGCAUUUCUCUGCUGAUCCUGAAGCAGCGUUGGAUCUCCUCGCUCCAGUUCCAGUCGCUGGACGAAAUCAGUGCCGGGAACGUCUACAUCUUCAACAACAGCCGCCUGUGCUUCUACAACACCGUCAACUGGACGUCGCUCUUCAGGACGCCGAGUCAGAAAGUCCUCAUCCGCAACAACCGGGACCCAAAGGAAUGCACUCAGCAGCAGAUGGUGUGCGACGGGAUGUGUUCGGACGACGGCUGCUGGGGCCCGGGGCCCGACCAGUGUCUCUCCUGCCGAUACUUCAGACGGGGUCGCACCUGCGUGGAGUCUUGCAACCUCUUCGACGGGGAAAUGCGCGAGUUUGCCAACGGAUCUGUGUGCCUGGAGUGUGAUAGCCAGUGUGAGAAGAUGGAUGGGAACACCAUGACAUGUCUUGGCCAGGGCCCGGACCAAUGUGUAAAAUGCCUCCACUUCAAAGAUGGACCCAACUGUGUGGAGAAAUGCCCCGACGGGUUGCAGGGGGCCAACAGUUUCAUCUUCAAGUACGCCAAGGCCAACAACGAGUGUCAUCCCUGCCAUGCCAACUGCACCCAGGGGUGCGUCGGGCCGAGACUCCAAGAUUGUGUCGGGAUGAUGGACAGGACACCACUAAUAGCAGCUGGCAUUAUCGGCGGCCUAUUCAUCAUCGUCAUCCUGGCGCUCAGCGUGGCCGUUUCUGUCCGACGCAAAAGCAUCAAGAAGAAGAGGGCCUUGCGGCGCUUCUUGGAGACGGAGCUGGUGGAGCCCCUGACGCCGAGCGGAACGGCCCCUAACCAGGCCCAGCUGCGAAUCCUGAAAGAAACCGAGCUGAAGAGGGUCAAGAUUCUGGGAUCUGGAGCUUUUGGAACCGUCUACAAGGGCAUCUGGGUCCCGGAAGGCGAGACGGUGAAGAUCCCAGUCGCUAUUAAAAUCCUCAACGAGACCACCGGACCCAAAGCCAACGUGGAGUUCAUGGACGAGGCCCUGAUCAUGGCCAGCAUGGAGCACCCCCACCUGGUGCGUCUGCUGGGCGUCUGCCUGAGCCCCACCAUCCAGCUGGUCACCCAGCUCAUGCCCCACGGCUGCCUCCUCGACUACGUGCACGAGCACAAGGACAACAUCGGGUCGCAGCUGCUGCUCAACUGGUGUGUCCAGAUCGCCAAGGGGAUGAUGUACCUGGAGGAGAGGAGGCUGGUCCACAGGGACCUGGCGGCGCGGAACGUGCUGGUGAAGUCGCCCAAUCACAUCAAGAUCACCGACUUCGGCCUGGCGCGGCUGCUGGACGCCGACGAGAAGGAGUACAACGCGGACGGGGGCAAGGUUGGUAUGCCCAUUAAAUGGAUGGCUCUGGAAUGCAUCCACUACAGGAAGUUCACCCAUCAGAGUGACGUGUGGAGUUACGGAGUGACCAUCUGGGAGCUGAUGACAUUCGGAGGGAAACCGUACGACGGCAUCCCCACGCGGGAGAUCCCAGACAUCCUGGAGAAAGGGGAGCGUCUGCCCCAGCCGCCCAUCUGCACCAUUGAUGUCUACAUGGUGAUGGUGAAAUGCUGGAUGAUUGACGCCGACAGCAGGCCGAAGUUCAAGGAGCUGGCUGCUGAGUUCUGCAGAAUGGCCCGGGACCCCCAGCGGUACCUGGUCAUCCAGGGAGACGAUCGCAUGAAGCUCCCCAGCCCCAACGACAGCAAGUUCUUCCAGAGCCUUCUGGACGAGGAGGACCUGAACGACUUCAUGGACGCCGACGAGUACCUGGUGCCUCGAGGUUUCAACAUGGCUCCUCCGUCGUACACGACCAGGCCUCGCGUCGACUCCAACAGAAACCAGUUUGGCUAUCGAGACGGCGGCCCAAACCCCGCAGAGGCUUCCAUGGCGGGCGCCCAAGCCUGCGCCAACCAGGAAGCCGCAGGCGGACCGGGUCCAGCCCUCGAGGACCAGCGCUGUAACGGGAGCCUGCAUAAGAAGAGCCUGAGCCAGGCUGGCGGAGAGGACAGCGGGGGCCAGAGGUACAGCGCCGACCCCACCAUCUUCUUGGGGGAGAGGGCGACCAGAGGGGACACCGACGAGGACGGAUACAUGACGCCCAUGAAGGACAAGACCUCCUCGGAGUAUCUGAAUCCCAUUGAGGAAAACCCGUUUGUUUCGCGACGUAAGAACGGGGAGAUCCAUGCCUUGGAUAACCCGGGCUACCACACCACACCCAAUAGCCAGCCCAAAGGAGAGGACGAGUACAUCAACGAGCCGCUAUACCUCAACACCUUCCACAGCCCGUCUGAUCUGGGCCUGGAGGCCCUGAGGAGAAACGGUCUGCCCCUACCCAACCAGCCCCCUUCUUCAGGCUCCCACCUCCCGCUUACUAUCCAGACCAGCCUGCCCCACUACCCCCUCCCCGCGGCACAGCCCUCUCCAUCUGGCAUGCCUUGCCACCACGGCCCGCCGACCCACAUCCUCCACGGCCACCACACCAUCAAACCCGCAGGACAACCUGGCAAUCCAGGUGGCGGACCCGCCAACCAGAGCCAAACGGGAACUACUGCCCAAGCCCAGGUGUGCCAGUCAGGCGCCGUGUCCACUUCGGCCACCAUCGGGCACGGCAGCCUGCCGGCCUACCAGAUCCACGCCACCACGCACUCGGCCGGCAUGCUGAAGCACGCGCUGGCGUCAGGUAAAGUCAGCGGGAAAAAGCUGAAGGUGACCUUUGACAAUCCAGAAUACUGGCAGCACAGCUUGCCUCCCAAACCGUCCAACCAGGCCGCCCCCGAGGGCGCCCAGGGCGCCCAGGGCGGUUCCACCAACGCCAAGCUUUUCUAUAAGCAGAACGGACACAUACGGCCGGCGGUAGCUGAAAACCCAGAGUACAUGUCUGAGUUUUCCCUGAAGUCUGGCACCGUCUUGCCGCCUCCACCCUACCGCCAGCGGAACACUGUGGUCUAAAUCGUUCCACUUGUUCCUCAAUGUGACUCUCGCCUCCAGCAACCCAGACAUCCUCUCCGGUUCCACUGUUCCACGCAGCGGGGAGCACCACAACCAGAGCCCCCAACUCUUUUCCAAAUAACGUGCCAUCUGCUGUAGACUGUAGCGAUAUCAGGAGGUGGACCGAACCAAGCCAAGCAGACCCAACUCCCGCACCUUCACUAUAUCCAACCCAGUCCAUUUCUGUCCUGUAGAUAGAGACUCCAUGUCACUGAGAACGUGAAGGUUACGGUACUUUUUCGGCGAACGACGGACACACAGCAGUGGACGCGUUGUCCCAGCGAGGUAGACCGCAAUGGUGCCAAACGAGAUGGAUUCGGCUUCCGGGGACCUGAACUCACUGCAACGGACACACAGCAGUGGACGCGCUGUCCCAGCGAGGAAGACCACAAUGGCGCCAAACGAGAUGGAUUCGGCUUUAGGGGACCUGAACUCACUGCCAGCCACUGCGGUGUCAGAUUCAUGGAACAAGAUGUUUUAUUAUUUUUCCAGUAUAAAAGUCUGAGGAUGAACAAUACGCUUCGAAGGGUUUCUGAAAUAAGCAAACAGAGAUGUCAAGAUGUCUUGUUUUGUGAAUGACCUUGUAGAGUGAAGCAAAAUAUGGAGGAAAAUAGACUGAGAGGGUUUAGCCAGGACUUCCAGUAACAUAAAAGACGGAGCGCUGAAAGCUCAUCAAUCAUAUUCAAUGGUUUUUGCCUAUAGGAUUAUACCGUCCAUCAAAUAUGUGAAACUCAUCUCAUCUUUCUACUGUAACUGUGAUACUGUGACGGCCAAAACUACAGUGUACGACCACGGACUUGCCUGAAAACACAGAUCAACCGCUGUUUUGAUGUUUUCGGUUGCUGUCUACUUGGAAAAGCUCAUCAAAAGCAGCCUUUUUCCGAGCCAAAAGGGGAUAAGGGGGUAAAAAUACACUGUAAUCAUUUUUAUAAACACUGGUUGCAGUGCUGAGAAGAUGGAUUUUUAUACACUGGUUUCCCCAUUCAGACCAUGAAGCUAACUUGUAAAAAAGAGUGUGUUGCCACAAGAGUACAGAUUCCUGUAUCUGCUGAAUAGCGUGAUCCAGAAAGCAGCCGAACUCAAAAUGGUGAUUAUAGAGGCAGAGAGUGAAGGGAGAAAGCGAAAACAAAAAUCUACAGAGAGGGGAGGGAGAGUUCAUACAAACCGCCUAAUGAAGACCUCGAGGAAUGAACAAGACAGCACCAGCAGAGCACAGGAAAACCAGACUACUUUUUGUGUGUGUUUAUGUCAGUUUGAAUGGAACGAGUGCGUGUGUUGUUCACAUAAUUGCCAGUUUGGCCCCAUAUCUGUGGAAAAAGAGUCAGUGAUGACAUGGUCGACAGUUCUUCAGUACCGCUGCUAACCAACAGUAAACUCAACGCUGGUCCGAACUCAAAGGUUUCCACCAUAUGACCGCUGAAUCAAAAGCUCACUGAGUGGCCCAACGGCACCAAAUUUCUGGGAGAUUUUCAUCAUUUUAGGUGAUAGCCUUGUUGUCCUCCGUUGGAUUGGUUAAAGUCCGGAACCUGAGGCUUUAUGAAGGAUCGCUUGAUGCAAAGAAAGUGAUGGUUUUACGUUUUUUUAAAACUGUCACAGUAGCUGUGUUUCCAUUCACAUAUUUUUAUUUAUAUUUCGAAGUAUCGCAUUUGAAAAGCUGUAUGGAAACGGCAAAGUUCGUCACAAGUUUUUACGCUCACUUGAGGUGGUUUUUGCUUUUGUCGAAAAAGAGUUGAUGCGCUAAAUUGAUAAUGGAAACGCCUUUGUUGAAUAAAUUCUGAUGUAAUGAACAUUUAACUCAAAUGAAGUCGCUUCUCCGAUCUAUAUUUAUAUUGUCUUUGUCUCCAUACAACAUGAAACUUGGCCAAUACUAGCUGACAGGAAAGAACAAUUUAAACUUGCCCAAUUGAAACAAAUUCCUGAAGACCUCUCUCCAUUAUUCUUUGGUAGAUCGGCCAAGCCGGCUCGUUUUGUUUCCGGUUCGCAACCUCUACUUCUUCUUCUACUUGGUUUACUUGCGGAAUACAGCCAUGCGUAAAGCCUAUAUUUCCAACUUCUGACCAAACUACGCUGUAGCCAAGUUUAUUCGCUCCAAACUUUACACCAGUUGAUGGAAACGCGUCUAAUUCGCAUUUCUUUUUUUGCAACAUUUCAAAAGAUGGCUUAUAAUUUGCUUGACAUUGAAUGGAAACAUGGCUAGUGUUCAUUUAUAAGGAACAUGACUGUUUUGUUAGCUUGGAACUAGUUCUUAUAAAGGUAUAAAUCCAACCACUUUUUCUCUGGACCUACGCCUCUCUAUGGCAGCAAAUUUGGACCCAAUACUGGUGUCCAAUUUGUCCAUUCAUUAGUGGCACCUUGUAAAUCAAGAGCAUGUUGCAAGCCUGGUCACCCUGCAGUAGUGAUUUAUUUGGUUUGGUCUCAGGUGGCGAAGCGACCUGCACAAUUUUCAACCAUUAUGUUAUUUAAUUUAGACAAAUAAUCACCAACAAAGAUCAAAAUCACACCUGUGUUCCCAUUAGACUGCCUUUUAACCCUGUUUGCUCUUUGGCUGCUCCAAACUGUUUGAUAUUUUAAAGGACCUUAUUGCCGAGAAGUCAGAUCUGUUCUGGUCCUUGUCUCCUAGAAACUAUGUUUAUACUAGGGCUGUCAAUCAAUUAAAAUAUUUGAUCGUGAUUAAUCACAUUAUUGUCCAUAGUUAAUCGUGAUUAAUCGCAAAUGAAUCACACAUUUUGUAUCUGUU